CAGCGUCGUACCGGGUCACUGUGUUUAAUGCGGUUCAAUGUAGUUAUUUAGUGACAAAGCAAAUAAAGUAGAAAAGGAGGCACAACGUGCAUUUGAUAGUUUCUCUCUCUGGUUGUGCACAGCUAUCCCUUCAACAUUGAAUUUAAUUUCUGAAGUUAUCUGGAAGCUUCUCCACGGAGCUCAACAACAGCCACACCGAGGAGGAGGAGGUGGAGGGGAUGGAGAUAGACUGCCAGCCUGACGACUGCAUUGUCUCUUCAUUUGACGAGGACUGUGUCCAGCUCGGUGACGUUAAGGACAUGAGGUUGGAGGCGGAAGCAGUGGUCAAUGACGUGCUUUUUGCCGUCGCUGAAAUGCACGUGUCGCAAAGUCUUAACAGUGCGUCGGAUGUGGCCUACAUAAAUGUGGAAACGAGGGAGGGAAAUCGGUACUGUCUGGAGCUUACGGAAGCAGGACUGAGGGUGGUGGGCUACAACUUCGAUCAAGUGGACGAGGAUUUGACCACCCAGUAUCAUGAGACUGUUUACUCACUUCUGGACACGCUGAGUCCGGGUUACAGAGAGGCCUUUGGGAAUGCUUUGCUGCAACGGCUGGAGAGGCUGAAGCAAAGCGGACAUUAAAAAAAAAGGACCAAACUGCUGCAUAAAUUGAGUAAAAGAGAAAUGGAGGGGUUGAUGAUGUGGGUGUAUUUGGAUAUGAGCCAAUAAUAACCAAGUCUAGUCAAAUAUUCUAGCCAAUUAUGCUAUGUGACGUCCACCUGCCUAGCAACCACUACAAUAAGGAUUCCUCCUCUGCCCUAUCAACUUUACUUUGUUCUGAGUUUCAUAUCAUCGAAUUACUUCAUGUCAGCUACGUUAGUUUUGGCUGCGAGGGAUUGGCUGGUAUGAAAUCUGUUGCAACACUGUGGUUGUUGACUUUACUGUGGAAAGAUCAUCCAGCUUCCACAUGUGACACAUUUGUAACUGUGCACCUUUUUGUACUCAUCAGAAUGAUCUGAGAAAGAAGCAGCAAGCUAUGUUGAGCCAGUAAUAUAAUAGUUCAUAUUCAGCAGGAGUCUCAGAGAAAGAGCCAAAUAUAUAAUACCCUUUCCAUAUAACUCAUACAUUUACUGCCUUAAUAACUGAGUUUUGGUUAAAAAAGUACAACUUGUUUUACUUUGUAUGAAGAAAAGGUAUUUUGUGGGGCUCAUUUAAGAAACGUUCUGAUAUCUGUUUCUGUAUUCAAAAAUCUAAUUGUUUUUGGAUAGGAUGUUUUCUCCAUAUUGCACCAUGCAUUGCAUCUCCAGCUUGCAUUUGGUGUUAAGGCAAAGAAGCUAUUCUCAUGGAGACAACUUUUGAUGUGGUUUGGCUCACUAGUCAGAAUACACAUUUAAAUUAAACUCUGCUAGAGCUGCUUUAAUACAUUUGUGUUGGAGUUUAAUAUGUGAGACCUGCUUAUGAAUUGUCAGUGUUAUGAAAUCAACUUUAAAGAAUUUCUUUGCAUUAAUACUGUUAUUCAUUGCUGCUGGCCUUUGCUCAGAAUAAUAAAAUCUUAUAACUCCAAGUCUUUUCUU